AUGACCAGUAUAGAAUCACCAAGGCCAUCGUUUCUUCAACUGAUGAAGGGUUUCCCAUUUGGGCAGGUCCUCAUCAUGUGUUUAGCGCGGGUGUCUGAACCUAUUUCUUUCAGUUCGCUUUUCCCCUACGUUUAUUUCUUGACCAGAGAUUUUCAUAUCGCCAGGACCGAGGCAGAAAUUUCCAUUUAUGCUGGGUAUUUGGGGGCUGCGUUCUCCUUAGCCCAAGUAUUGUCGGCAAUCCAGUGGUCGAAGUUCUCUCAGGUACAUGGCCGAAAAAUUGCAAUUAUGUGUGGUUUAUCUGGUUCGAUGUUGUCUAUGUUAUUAUUAGGUUUUGCUAAAAGAUACGAAGUAGCAUUGUUAGCGAGAUUUCUUAUGGGACUCUUGAAUGGCAAUAUUGCCAUCCUAAGAAGUAGCAUUUUAGAAAUUCCAGAGAUUGCGAAUAACAGAGAUUUCCAACCGCUUGCCAUAAGCACCUUCCCGCUUCUUUGGCAAAUCGGUUGCAUCGUCGGGCCUCUUCUAUCUGGUAAUUUAGUUCAUCCGAAGGAAGAUGAUGAUUAUUAUAAGAAAAAUGACCCCCAAAUGUUUUUGCCAACCAUGUUCUCCAGCACGGAAAUCGGACAAAUAGCAGCAACAAAAUCCAAAGAUUUCUUGACCAGAAUGUUUCCCUUUUUAGAAAAGCUCAAUGAGAGGUAUCCUUAUGCUUUGGCUAAUAUUGUGGUCUCUUAUUUUCUAUUCAAUAGUAUUAUUGUGGUGUAUUUUUUCAUGGAGGAAACUCAUUAUUCUAAGAAGUAUGAAUAUGACAGCGGCUUGGCGGCAGGUGAUAAAUUUUUGAAAUUUUUGGGCCUUCGUAAAGAAAAUUCCAGUAUCAGACCUUGGGAAUUAAAAAAUGAUAAUGCUACCAGACCUCUUAUCGAAGAGGAAAUAAGGACUCAUGUUGAUGAGGAUCCACUCGAGUACGACGAUAACGAUGAAGAAGGGGACGAAGUGGUUAAUUUUCUCAAUUCUUCAAGUCCAGACUCAUUAUCGGAACAUUCAAGUUUGACAUGUAACCGGAAAACUGCAUUAUCUAAUGAAUGCCCUGUAUCUUAUGGGGGUACAGAUAAUUAUGACAAUAAUUCUCGUACUUUGAAUAUUUCCACAACCAUUAGAAGAACCCGUUCCUUUAAGUCACUGAGAAAGCCACUGAUGAGGGAAAUUGGCCCAUUCAAUAGGAGACAGUCUGUUAGCUUGGCUCGUACUGUCUCUUGCUCAAGUGAUAUCAGACGACUUGAGCAAGAUGACGAUACCAAGAUUCCUUGGAGAGCUCUUAGAAAUCCACGAUGCUACGCCCCAAUCUUAGCAAAUCUCUUAUUAAGUAUGCAUAAUAUCUGUUAUGAGGAAUUUGUACCGCUUUUCUGGUCUAAUGAUGUUGGUUAUGAUAAGAACGGAAAUUUUGAUUCUCAAUUUCCAUUCAGAAUAAGUGGCGGUUUAGGCCUCAACACUGAGGAAGUCGGGAAGAUUUUAUCAUUGACUGGGUUCUGUGGAAUGUUUGUUAUUCUAAUUAUUUAUCCUUAUGUCGAUCGCCAUUUUGAAUCGACCAAGUCUUUUACUUGUUUACAUUUAGCAUUGAUUCCAGUGUAUAUCGUUUUGCCUUAUUGUGUUUUUACAUUGCCAGAUAGAACACAUCACUAUGAGCCAAAAGAAUCGAGGGAUUUAUUUAAUACAAAUUUGUUUUUGUACCUGAUUAGUUUCUGCAAGGUUUUCGCUACAUCGAUGAUGUUCCCAUUAGUCCAAUUUCUCACCCAUAUCGGCGCCCCUCCGAAACAUCGGGCCAUUAUUAAUUCCUUGGCAAUCACUGCCAGUGCGUUCUCAAGAUGUAUUUUUCCGAUUCUUGCAGGAUUUUUGAUGACGUUUUCAAUGAGCCACAGCAUUGCCUGGUUAUUCUUUUGGGUUGUGGGAUUAGGUGCCACUUUAGGACUUUUCCAAAGUUUACAAUUGGUAGAAGAGGCCAAAGAUGAACCUGAACCGGAAACUGUUUGA